AUGUCUUUUCUUCAGCGAUUGGUCCAGCGGCUGGGCCUCUCCAGAGAGUCCAGCCCCGCCGUUCCCCCGGGCGCAGCCCUAGCGGCGACUGUCACUGUGACACAGCCAGCAUCAUUGGGAUUCGUACCGGUCGCCGUGCAUUUUAACAUGUUCAGCGAGCUGGUGCAUCACAGCCCGGCGACCGCAGACGAAGUGGCCGCGGCUUGCAACCAGGCCCGAUCCAAAAACGAGGCUCAGCUCGGUAGGUUGACUGGUCCCUCUAGAGAUUGGGCACAGACUGACCGGCGCAUAGGUACCAGAUUAGCCGCGGAUACGCUCUACAUCAUGGCCGGGCUGGGCCUGGUGGAUCGGGUAGACGAGGAUCAUUUUGCCGCGAACGCCAUUACAAGGCACAUGGAUAAUAUGCCUUCUGCGCAGCAUGGGGCCUUGCAUUUCACGACCGAGGGGUUGAUGGCUGGGGCAUUCCUAAUGAAGAAGCUCGAAGAUACCAACUUUGAGUAUCCCUUUGCUGAUGCAGAUGGUCCCUUGCAAUACGCGUACCGGCUAAUGGGCAAAGAUGAUCUGGCCCAAGAACAUACAUACUCGAUCAUGGAGAAGACCGGCCGCAUGGACAGCUUCAACGAAUUCAUGGUGGGCAAGUUCCUCAAGUUCGGCACUAUGCCCCAGCGCGUCCAGUCGCUCGGGUAUGAUCUAGACGCCGCUCUGUCCGGGCACCCUGACUCAGUGGCCAUGGUCGACAUCGGGGGCGGGCGCGGGGAACUAUUACUCGAGGUCCAGGCGGCAUAUCCCCACCUGACACCGGAGAGUCUGGUGGUGCAGGAGUUCAACGCGGAAAUCGACAAUGUGUCGGGAGUGCGUCUGAUGGAGUGGAACUACAAGGAACCGGGCGAGCAGCCUAUCAAGGGUGCGCGGGUCUACUCUCUGCAGCAUAUUGUCCAUAAUCUGCCGGACCUGGAUGCCGUAGCCCUGCUGCAGAAGAUCUCGCGUGCCAUGGGACCGGAGUCACGGUUGCUGAUACAUGAGUACGCCAAGAAUAUGACCUACACGUCCCUGCAUGCCAGCAUGAUUGCCCUGUUUGGCGGGCGUGAGCGCAGCGCCACCGAAUGGCGCCAGUUGGCCAGCGUGGCGGGACUCGAGGUCACUUUUGAGGCGUAUGCGAAGGCCGGGGAGUCACUAGUGGAGAUGCGGCGUGUCGACCGAGACAAAGAAGUACAAUAA